AACCUCAAGAAUUUAUAUAAAUACCACAAAAUCGUGGCCAUGAUUUUAUCCUUCUCCAAAGUCAACCAUAACCCAAAGUAGACGAGAGGAAAGUUUCCCGUUUCUUUGAUCAAAAUGAACUCGAAACAACCAUACCAGGCUGAACCGGACCUCCCAGUUCCACCACUCCCCGCCCUCUGCAUCCGCUCCCCUUCUCUCUCCACCGCCCCCCCAGCCAACCGCCGUGUUGCCAUAGCCGUGGACCUUUCCGACGAGAGGGCAUAUGCAGUCAAAUGGGCGGUCCAGAACUACCUCCGUCCAGGUGAUGCCGUGAUCCUCCUCCACGUCCGGCCUACCUCCGCUCUCUACGGCGCCGAUUGGGGGUCCAUCCAACACCAAAUCAAUAACAACAACACCCCUUUUGAUCAAAAUGACCCAGACAGUUCUGACAAUCAAGAAAGGCAGAAACUUGAGGAUGAUUUUGAUAGUUUUACAAAUAACAAAGCCAAUUUGUUGGCUAAACCAUUGUUGGAGGCUGAUGUUCCUUUCAAGAUUCAUAUAGUGAAGGAUCAUGACAUGAAGGAGAGGCUUUGUUUGGAAAUUGAGAGGUUGGGUUUAAGUGCUGUGAUAAUGGGAAGUAGAGGUUUUGGUGCUACAAGAAAGAUGGGGGGUGGUCAAGGAGGGAUUGUUGGUGGUGGGAGAUUAGGGAGUGUUAGUGAUUAUUGUGUGCAGCAUUGUGUUUGUCCUGUUGUUGUUGUUAGGUGUAAUGAUGAUGGUAAAGAGGAAGAGAGUACAGUGAAAAUAGGAGGUCUUGGUGUGGAGGUUGAGGAGGGUCUUCAUCCUGUGCCUGAGGAGGACCAAGAGGAGUGUAUUGAUGAUGAACUGAAAGAUGCAUAAAAUGUGCUUGGUGCAAUUGCAAGCUCCCUCUGAAUUCAGCUAACAAUUUUAAGGCCCCAAAAUAUGUGAAGGCUGUGGAUUGUCGUGAAGUUAUAGGGCUAUAAUUUAGACAUAAUUUUCUUUGUUGGACAAUGAACCAGGUUGCUUCUCUUGUACAUGGAUCACGAUGUCUGACAGAGUAAUUACUUUCUGGCUUAUUGGCUUCUUUAGAACUCAAUUCAACUGUUUUCUUCUUCUUUUUUUAAUCUUGAGUGAUGUAUUGCUAGUUACAUAUCUAAAUGUUUAUCCAUUAUCUCCGAGAAUGUGUUUUUCAGCA